AUGUGUCCUGUCAUAACUAUCAAGCUUUCCGUUAGUCCUUCUAGUGCCUGUCGCAUAGCAUGCACGAGAUGGGUGACAGUUCUUCUCGGCCAAAGAAAAGAGCUGAACCUGUCGCACCUGAAUGAUUCUCCCACGCUCAUUUUGCCCUUCCUUGGCGAGUACGCGAUCCCCACCGUCCCCAUUGCUGAAUCAAGUAAUAUCCAGCGUCUCCGACCGUCGACGGUCCCAUCAGUACCAAUCAUACCCAUACUCUGGCAACUCCUGAUCCCGCGAGCGUUGGCCGACUACGCAGAAGCCAUCGAACAAAAUAAGACAGGCAAUUCCAUGCCAUCUGCUGGUGGCUCGGUUAAGAUACUGGUUUACAAAGUACGUUCAGUCUUCAAGGGCCAGCUCUUGUCAAGGUUCAGACACCAUGGCUUCCACUCAUCCGUCGGUGGGUAUCGUGCGUUAUCUCCGAUGAAUCACGACUCUUCAGUGGCCAUGGUGUCCUUGUCCCGGACCUUGGGCUGCACGUUGGAGUCCGAUGUGGAUGCAGCUUCAACCCAGAUGGGCACCGUGAUAGAACUGACGAUGGCUGCUGGGCCAUUGUUCAGGAAAAGCGGUCAAUUGAAGACUUGGAUGAUACUGCCGAGUAAACCAAUCCAUGUCAAGCGAGGGGGUAGUGCCGGGAUUUAUGCAGAUGGUGACACUAGACACCUUUGGAAUCCUGUGUACAACGUAAUCUACGAUCUGGGUGGCGGCGAUGUUUUUCAUUACGGCUAUGAUCAUCCAGACUUGUAUGAAGGUGGUUAUUUGGAGUGGUGGAUGGGUAGCCUGAGGCUGGCGACCUUCCCGACAAGCGGAGUACGGUAA